AUGGUCGGUUUUGAAAGAGAGACUGAAAUGCUAAUAGAGCAACUUGUGACAGGACCUCGGGAAUUAGAUGUGAUCUCAAUAUUUGGAAUGCCGGGACUAGGGAAAACAACUUUGGCUCGGAAAUUGUAUGAUCAUGAAGCAAUUUCCAAUCGCUUUGCCAUUCACUUAUGGUGUUGCUCUUCCCAAUCUUAUGAUAAUAGAGCUCUUUUGCUUGAAUUAUUGGGUCAUAUUUCCAAGCUUGAUGAUAGUACCAAAAAUAAGAGUAAUGAUGAACUAGCUGAGAAGCUCUACAAAAGUUUGAAGGGAAAGAGGUACCUUAUUGUUGUGGAUGACGUGUGGAGCUCUUAG